AUGGCCCAGCAAGCCUUGCUGGAACAACUGAGGGCAGAGGUCAGCUGCCCCGUGUGCCUGGACUGGCUGACAAACCCGGUGACCCUGGACUGUGGGCAUCACUGCUGUGCCUCCUGCCUCCAGCAGCGCUGGCAGAACCUGCUGGACAUCCUGCCCUGUCCCGUCUGCCAGCACCACUGUGCCCCCAGGGAGCUGCAGAAGAACAGCCAGAUGAGUGCCCUGGCUGACAUGGUGAAGCAGCUGCCCAGCACAGGGAGCAAAACGAAGCAGCAGGAGCAACCCUUGUGUGAGCAGCACCAGCAGGUGCUCAGCCUGUUCUGUGAGCAGGACCUGCAGCUGGUGUGUGUCCAGUGCAGGGUGUCCUGUGAGCAGCAGGGUCACCCCCUCACCCCUACUGAGGAGGCUGCUGCUCAGCACAGGAAGAAACUCAAGUCCCACCUGAAGAUUCUGAAGAAGCAACUGGAAUAUGUUCACAAGGGGUUGCAUAUGCAUGACAAAGAAAGACGUGAAUUGAGAGAGAAGGUGGAAAGUCAAAGAACACUAGUACUCCGAGAGUUCAAGAAUUAUAGAAGCUUCCUGAGAGAUACUAAGCUAUUCUACGACAGUAGGGUACUAGAAGAAAUAAAUAAUGUUAUCCAAAUAAUCAUUGACAACAGAGACCAGGCGUCAGCCUUUGACUCCUCAGUGAAGACUCUGCUGAGGGAUCUCACAGACAUGUCUGUGCAGACAGACCUGCAGCUCCUGCUGAAGGCCAGAAGACUCCAGCACCUGCUGAACAGCUGUGAAGAGCUGGAGGUGCCAGAAAUCUUAGACUACACAUGCAAGGAGGAGAUGCCCAGGCUCCCCUCACAUUACAUCAGUCUCCUUGAUGCCAGCAAGUUUCAGGUGGAUUUAACACUAGACCCUGAGACUGCUCAGCACAAUCUCAUCAUCAGUGAAGAUCGGAAGAGGGUUCUGUUUGGUGGUGAGAUAAUGGGCUCCACCCCUACACCGAGCCCCAAGGCAUUUACUUCUCACCCAGCUGUCCUGAGCUCUGAGGGCUUUGAAGCUGGCAGACAUUUCUGGGUGGUAGAAAUCACAGGCACAGGCUUGUGCUCCUUAGGUGUCUGCAAAGAGACUUUCCCCAGGCAGCUACUGAUACCACAGACCCCAAACAAUGGCUGCUGGCAAAUCCAUCAGCCCAUUGGGACCCAACUCAAUUCAGUCUCAAGGAGAGAGACCAUUGGCAUUUUCCUCGACCAUGAACUAGGAGAGAUUUGGUUUUAUGAUAUCACUGUGAUGUCACCAAUCAUGCUACUCACUGACACCUUUACAGAGAAACUGAUUCCCUAUUUUGCUGUGGACCCUUCUUCCUCAGCAGUGGAAAUGACUAUGAGAUAA